GAAGUGGACGAGCGUUGCGGCCUAAAAUUAGAGGUCUCGCCACGGGCCCCCCCGUUUUGCCUGGUUUUGUUUACCCGCCAUGCGCACUGUUACCGGGGGAAUUAAGCAGGCAAGCGCGGGGGGUUGGCAGUGGGAUGGAUGCCUUGCAAUUCUAUUAAUCAACUUGAUUGAGUUUCAUUCAUACUGACGUCAAAUCCAAGGAGAAGGUAGGGGAGCUGGUGAUACCACUGAUCCAAAAGAACCGCUAUGUGGGCCUUGCACUGGAGAAGCACAAUACCACAGAGGGGCAAGAGAAUCAAGGGCAAAAGAAGGACGAUGUGGAAUCCAAGGCCAUCCAAGAGCUGCUGGAAGGUUAGGGAGACAUUGUGUUUAACUUGUGGUGGGCAGGCUGCAAGAGCAAUGCUCUUGGGAAUUUGACAAGGCAACUUGAGUGUUGGGAGCCAUCAGCCAGGUAUGGCAGUUAAUGGUUGGAAUCGAGAGCUUUUGACGAAUGGGUUGGUGGAUUGUAGAUUAAUCAAGCCCACAAAUAGGCUGAGGUGGACUGGGUAUAGUAUUGAAGUAUAAUUUCAUGAAUGUAUUUGGCCAUAUCUUCCAGUGCAGGACCGUCUUUAACAAGAGUCUUGAGACUCAAUGACACUUCCCUGGAUAACUAAAUAAUAUACGAUCACAUUGUCAAAGGCAAAUUAGUGACAGUGGGACUUUCCAGUUUGGACUUAAUAUAAAGUAAUUUUAGUGCCGAGAAAAGCACUUAAGAAUAUUUGGCUGCUAUACAUUUCUACGUGAUAAGCCACGUCAUCGUUUGUGGCCAGGUCGCUUCUAUAAAAGAGCUGUAUAGCCCAUUGAGCCUUAUCUGGUAAAAAUAAUAACUUUGCAUUGUUUGUAAUGUUUUAUUUGCACGGAUCGGUGUGCUGUGCAGAGUCACGGAGGUUCCAAGAACUGCAGAAUGGGGGUGAGAAGGUUGAUGAAAACCUCGCGAUCCCACUGCUCAUGCAGAACAAGGUUCCUGAGGGAUACGAGGAUGGGGACAAAGUGGACGUCAGUCUGAGACCCGAGUCGGCAACGGAGGCAGACUACGAUGCAGUCCCCAUCGAGGCGUAUGGCUUGGCAAUGCUAAGAGGAAUGGGUUGGAAGAAAGGGGAAGGCAUUGGCAGAACUUUUAAACAAGACGUGAAGCCUAUUGAAGCCGAGGUGAGGCCAAAGGGCCUGGGUUUGGGAGCAGACCGCUCGGCGGCUGAUGCCCUCAAGGACAUAAAGCCUCAGCGGCCACUCAAGCCGGGCGAGAAGCGCCCAGAGGAGCAGCCCAGGGGCUACGCGGCCGGCGCGUUUGUGGUUGUGGAGAAAGGGCCACACAAGGACCUGUAUGCGAAGGUGGAUGGCUUGGACCCAGACAACGCACGCUUGGUUUUGCGUCUGGCAAUCGGAGGAAACGUGAUCACCAUCAGCCAGUACGCGACGCGUCUGGUGAACAAGGAGGAGUACGAGAAGUACAGCAAAGACCUCAGUCGCUUAAGCAAGGCGCACAAAGAGAAAGAGAAGCAGGAGAAGAAAGAGAGGGAAAGGGAGGAUGAGCACCGGGAGAGUUGCUCCAGCGGCAAGAGGGAUGAGGGUAAGAAGAACUCCCAUGACGGGAGCAAAGCCGGCAGACCGAGAGACGACGACCGGCACAGGGACGACGACAGACACGGCAAAAAGAGGAAACACGAAGAUAAAGACGGCCGUAGCAAACAGGUGGUGGCUGCGAGUACUUCCUCGAAGCCGCGUUGGCUGCGCAGGGACCUGCGGGUCCGUUUUGUGGACAAGUUUUACAAGGGAGGAAAAUACUACAACAAAAAGAUGACGGUGGAUGAUGUGGUCACGCCAGAGAUAUGCGUUUGCAGGACAGAAGAGGGCCGGAUAUUAGAAGGAAUCGAGCAGUCCAUGCUGGAGACCAUAAUACCCAAGACAGACAAGGAUUAUGUCAUGGUGGUACUGGGGAAAUACAAAGGACAGGUGGGGCUCAUCUUGAACAGGGACAAAAACAAUUGCCAGGCGACCGUGCAGCUCACGGGCCAGUCGGACCAACUACUCAAGCUCAGCUACGACGACAUGUGUCACUAUGUGGGCGAAGUGGAUGAGUUUGAGUGAGGGUGUGCACGGGAACUCCACCCCACGGAUCCACCUUGCCGCAACCCGGCAGCUUGCCGCACGAGUUUGACGGUGUAACCCAAAAUACUAAAUAUUUCUGUGGCUGCACAUGUAGGUUGUGUCACAAGUGGUCUUUAACAUGAGUUUAGGGGGUUUGUUCAUGGGAAAUUAUAAUUGAAUUGACUAUCAGAUGCACCGCCGUGAUGUCACUGUGGAGUGACUGCCGUACUGUUCGAUGGCCCCACGAUGUCGCUGCAGUGCCACGGCAACGUGCAUGCAGUCACUUCUGGGUCUUUAUCAUUAACGACACUUUAAACUCGUGUAUCACAACUUGGGAUUGACACACAACUGUGUGUCAAUCCACUGCUUAAUGAAGACCUCCCACACCAGUCAUGGAGGUUAUUUGACCAUGCUUCACCACAUUGGUUUGUAUGGUUUGGUGAAGGGGAUGCUCAGGAUCAGUUCUGGCAUUACCACUGAUAAUAGUUGACUAGAAAUCAAACUUAGGUUACGUGGCUCGCAGUGCAAUGCUGUUUAGUUUUUUGGGUUACAUGAAAUACAAUUCACAUGCAACUCGGCACUCCACAUACUGCUCAUAGGGCUCCUUAUGGCAGAAUUAAUCUAUACCCAAGAUGCCUAACCUGAAACCAGCCCUAACUAUUCACUGGCAAGCUGAUGCAAUGUUCGAGGCUAGUUGUAAACCUGGUUGCUUACAAAAGGAUGUUUUUCUCAACUGAACAAAGUGUUUUGCUUCCAAACAGGCUAUUUGUGAUAGCACUGUCGCCUCUAUCAUUGCAUCUUGUUCCAUUACAACAGGAUACUGCCUGCCUGCAUACUGUCAUUAAUGGCAGUGGAAAAAUGUGAUCUGAAAAUCACGUGGUGUUAAAAUACAGCCAGUGGCUGCUGUAAUUAAUGAUCAAGUGAGCAGACUCCCUACUGCCUUUUUAGUUCAUGGGCCACAGCAGAAUUUGGUACCACAGUUGGUGUAUAUGGCUAAUAAAUAUGGAUUGUGAUAAUGUUCGUGAGAUAAGGUUAUUGCAUAAUUAAUUAUUUAUUGCCAAUUUGUUAGCAAAACUUUUUUUACCCAGGAAAGCUUCACCGAGUUUCAAGAUUUGUUUUUAGGAGGAUCCUGUCAAGCUUUUGCAGUCGGGGGCAAUACUAUAAUACCAAAUGAGUAAUUUUCAGGUAAUUGUUUCACACUGGGAUUUUUGAUCAAUACCAGUUCCAUUGGCCAGUUCUAUUUGAAACCAGACAUCCAAUGCAGAACAGGGGGAGGGGAGGGGAGACAUACAAACUCCACACAGUAAGGUGGUCAACUUGGAAAUCGAACCACAUGGCGUCUCACUGGGGCACAAGUGUUACCACUGUGUCAACCUGCUGCCAAUCGGGUGUUGCCAACAAGUACUGCAUUCGGUCUUGACCCAUUCAGUAUUUUGUUAGGAUUGUAAAGAUUAAAAGAUUUCCAUUAAAAUCCAUUCUUACGCUCACACAAACAUGCAGGGAAUCAUGCCCCUGAAUCGCAAAGUUUUGUUGCAGUGGCGAACAUACUUAAAGGUCACCUGAGAAAGCAUGGUCAUCAUGGGUAGCUGGCUUAUCAUUGGUGGAAACUUCCAUGGGGAUUGCCUUGGAGUGUGUUUAACAUUAUAUAUUUGAUCUGCAAUACUGUGUAUUGCUCAAAUGAGUGAAUGUGCUGUCUGGUGUAGUUACCAAACCUGUACUUCCACAUGUUUGUGGUUUAAAUUUAUAUGGUUCAAUUAAUUUGUACAUACCACUCUGCAACAAGGUAUUUUGUUGGUUUGAUAAAGACUUUUGUAAUAAAUGUCAGUCCAGUGGU